GUUUUGCAGCGGUAGGCUACUGCAAACUGAAGACUGGAAAAUGAAAUUUGCAAUGACCAGGGCGUCGGUUGUAAUAGAGUAAAGCUCACGGGAGAAAUAUUUGAGAGAGAGAGAGAGAGAGAGAGGGGAUGAGAGAGAGAGAGAGAGAGAGAAGCAGAUACUUGGUAACGCAUCACAGCAGGACAUGCAAUCGAACCUAAAGGCGCUCAGCCAGCGACGGACACGGACGAGGAAGGUGCAGGUGAUGUCGUGGAGUGUGGGUUUAGGCGGCAGGAUGACAUUUGCCAAGCUCCUCCUUCCCUUUCUCAUUUUCCACUCUUUCUGUGAAGGCUCCAACCAGCCACCACGCUUCCUGAACUACUUCUUCUCGACCUACCUUCUCAUCUAUGAAGAUAUGCCCGUCGGUUCAUCAGUGGCCCAGCUGAAAGCAGAGGAUCCUGAGGGGGAACCUCUCCUCUAUGGUGUUUCAGGAGAAGAGGCCAUGAGGUAUUUUUCUGUGAACAAAGACACUGGUGUGGUCUGGCUUCGACAGCAGCUCGAUCGUGAGACCAAGUCAGAGAUGCAGGUUGAAUUCUACGUGAGUGACAUUCAAGAGGUGGUCAAAGACACCGUAAACAUCCAGAUUGGAGAUGUGAACGAUAAUGCGCCAUCCUUCCAUGGGCAGCCUUACACCGUCAACAUCCCGGAGAACACACCGGUGGGCAGAUCAGUUUUCAUGGUGAACGCCACAGAUCCAGACCAGGGCACUGGAGGCAGCGUUCUUUUCUCCUUCCAGCCUUCCUCUCCCUUCUUUUCCAUCGACGGGGCCCGAGGCACCGUCACCGUCAUCAAACCCCUGGACUACGAGACAACCUCGUCGUACCAGCUCACUGUCAACGCCACGGAUCAAGACAAAGUGAGACCUCUGUCCCGGCUUGCCAAUUUAGCUAUCACCAUCACUGAUGUCCAGGACAUGGACCCCAUUUUCACCAAUCUGCCCUACAGUACCAACAUAGAGGAAGACAUUCCCCUGACAGUGUUGGGCAGUGAUAAGCCGAGGGCGUGCAGUGACAGAACGAGUGUCAACUGUUCUCAAGGCCCAUGA